AUGUACCUUGGACUUUGGCGUGGAACACGGACACCUGGGACGCUCGCGUUUCUCGACAGUUCGCGAAAGCAAUUAUUCGCCGCAACGAGUUGGGAUCAUCUCAAAGCCGACGGAACACUCUUGGCUACUGGGUAUCGCAAAGCACGGUUUGGGUUGGGAGACGGCCAUCGACCUGAGAUGGCGUGGCCGCGAAAGGCCUAUCAUGAUGAGGAGAGCUUUGGCUAUCCGUUCGAUUGUGGAACACACAGACUGAUCCGCUACAGUUUCAAGGCCGAGCCAAAUACCCCUGUCUUGCCCGAAUACGGACACGCACGGCCAGAUGAAGAUGGUCGCGGCGCUAGAUUGGUAUUCUAA